UUUUAACCAAAUGGAGUUUUUAUCUUUUUACUUUUCUCUUCUUCUAUUUUCUUUUUGUUUAUUUUCGAUUUCGUCUUUUAGUUCACGGUCUGAUUUUCGAAGCCUUGAAAAUCGGGUCUUGACAAGAAAGAACCAGGGUUUUACUUUGAAGAAAGAACCAGGGUUUUACUUUGAAGAAAGAACCGAGUAUUGGACAGAAACUAUCAACCAAUAAUCAAGCUUCUAGAUUCUUGUCAAGAUUCUUAUCAAGAACAAAAACGCAUACAUUCACACACACACCACAAAAAACAAGCAAACCAGAAAGAGAAGCCGGUCGCGGAGGAAGCUGCAGACACAGAAUUAAGCAUGGAGCAGGAAGAAGCAGAGCCCCAUAUUCUGAUGUUUCCCUUUCCAGCCUUGGGGCAUGUCAACCCAAUGCUCAAACUCGCCCAACUUCUUUCCCUCUCCGGCCUCCGAAUCACCUUCCUCAACAUCCACCGUAUCCACCAAACCCUCGUUCUUCACACAAACCUCCAAUCUCGUUUCUCUCGCUUUCCCAAAUUCCGAUUCCAAACCAUCACCGACGGCCUUCCCCCUAACUACACCGGCGGCUUGACCAAACUCUCUGAAUUGACUCACAGCAUGGAAGCCGUAACCAAGCCCCUUCUCAGACAGAUGCUGGUCUCUAGUCAACUGGGUCCAAUUCCGACCUGCAUAAUUCUUGAUGGGUUUUUCAGUUUCAUGGUUGAUGUUGACGCUGAGCCUAAAAUCCCCGUUUUCUGUUUUCGUACUGUCAGUGCUUGUUCUUUUUGGGCUUAUUCAUCCAUUCCCAGUCUCAUCGAAGAUGGUCAGCUGCCUGUGAAAGGGGAAGAGGACAUGGACAGAAUGAUCGUAGGCGUGGCUGGAAUGGAAAAUAUUCUCCGAUGCAGAGAUCUUCCAAGCUUCAGCCGAGUGGGGGACCGCACGGAUCCGAUCCUUCAAUACAGCGUGAACCAAACCAUACAAAGCUCUAAAGCUCACUCUCUGAUAUUGAACACAUUUGAGGACUUGGAAGGCCCCAUUCUAUCUCGUCUACGGAGCCGAUGCCCAAAUGUCUACGCAAUCGGACCUCUUCAUGCCCACCUGAAAUCAAGACUUUCCGGUGAAAUAACUCGGCCGGAACCGGAGUCUUCGAACGGCUAUUGGGAGGUGGAUCGGAGCUGCCUGGCAUGGCUCGACGCUCAGCCUUCGAAAUCUGUCGUCUACGUUAGCUUUGGAAGCGUUACGGUCAUGGGGGAUCGCCAAUUUAGGGAGUUUUGGCACGGAUUGGUGGAUAGUGGGAGGCGGUUUCUGUGGGUUGUGCGGCCCAAUUUGGUGGGCGGAAAAGAUGGGGAAAAUGGGAUUCCAGCGGAGUUGGUGGAAGGGACGAAGGAAAGGGGGUGUAUGGUGGGUUGGGCUCCGCAAGAGGAAGUGUUGCGACAUGAAGCCAUUGGAGGGUUUCUGACUCACUGUGGGUGGAAUUCGACAUUAGAGGGAAUAGUGGGCAGCGUGCCAAUGAUCUGUUGGCCUCAAUUUGCAGACCAGCUGACGAACAGCCGAUACGUGAGCGAGGUUUGGAGAAUUGGGGUGGACAUGAAGGAUGUUUGCGACAGAGAGAUAGUGGCUCAGAUGGUGAAUGAUGUGAUGGAAAACAGGAGAAAUGAAUUUAUGGGUUCUGUUAUUGAGACUGCAAAAUUGGCUAAUACAAGUGUGGAAGAAGGUGGAUCGUCCUUCCGUGAUUUGGAGCGAAUGAUCAACGAUAUUCGAUUGCUUUGGAGGAGACGCAUAAAGAGUGCCUUGGCUUGAUGAGGGUGGCAAAGUGGAUGGUAAGCAAGGGUCAUAACACAAUGGGCGCAAACCCAGAUGAAGAUAGCAUCAGAAGAGUUCCCCGUGGCAUUGCAGUCUAAUUUUUCCUCCUCUGCUCUCUUUAAAUAUCUUCGAACACUCUACUAACAGACAUAACACAAACACUGUAAGAUAUGAGUAAGUUUCUCUUUUAUACUUAAACGACCCGUUUAUCAAAUCACAUAAAAUUUGCACA